AUGUUUAUUACAGCUAUGUCUACUCUCCUGUUUGAUUUGCACGAAUAUCUAGGCGAGGGCUGCGAGCUGGGAGCUGGCUCAGUCUCAGCUGCGUGUGAUAUCCCGCAUACCAUCUCCAAGUUUCAAACUUGUCACUCAUCCAUAAAAUACGAGAAGCUGGGGCAAGGUUCCGCCACUGAUCGGCGCGCCCACGCCGUUGAUCAGCGUGUGGCAGGUGGAUGUUUUGAGCCGCAACCUCAAGACAAGCUGUGCCCUGGAUUGACUGUGACUGCCAAGUUUGGCCAGAGCAAGAAGGACAUCUGA